UUACAUUAACAAAUUAAAUUAAAAUAGUUGCAAAAUAAACACAGAGAGACGAGAGAGAUUGAGGGCCAGAAGAAGUCUCCUUUCUCUAUACCUCUCUGUUAGUAGUAUGAACUACUAAAACAAAUUUUGUAAAAGAAAAAAAACAAAGAUAUUCCAUAUUUUGUUAAAAAAAAAAAAAAAAAAAAAAUGGGAGGGAAGGUGUUGGUAUCAGUAAUAUCUUUAAUAAUGGUGGUGGGAGUUGUAAUAGGCGUAGCCGCGGUGGUGCAUCGAGAUAAGGGUGGUAGUCAUGACGGCAGCAAGGAUAUUGCAGGUAAAGAUGACGAGAAAUUAUCGUCUUCAAUGAAGACAGUGAAUGUACUUUGUGGUCCGUCAACUUAUAAGGAUUCAUGUAUUAAGAGCUUAGGUUCGGUUACGCAAAACCAAAGUGCAACUCCAAAUGACUUUGUAAAAGCUGGUGUUAAGUUAGCCUUGGUUGAAAUAGCUAAAGCAACCAACCUUACUGACACCCUUGUACCAAAAGCAAAUGCAACUAAGAAACCUGAGAUGACUAAGAUGGCUAUUCAAACUUGUAAGAAUUUAUUUGACCUUGCUAUAGACCGACUUAAUGGUGCACUUAAACAAAUCCAUGAUCCUAAAACUUAUACAGACAAAGGCCUUGUUUGGAGUCUUCGUCUUUGGCUUAGUGAUGUUGUUACAUUUUCCACUAGUUGUGCGGAUGAGUUUGGAGAAGCUGAGGCUCCAGACCUUGAGAAAAUUAUGAAAGAUGGUGUUGUUAAUGCUAAAGAGCUAACUAUUAGCAUGUUGGAUAUUGUUACUACCUUUAAUGAGGCUCUUGGUGGGUUAGACCUUUCACUUAAUGUUACUAAUUUGGUAGACCAACUUAAGACAAGUCGUCGUCUUCUUGGCUUGACUACUGUUGAUAAACAAGGCUAUCCUACAUGGUUAUCUAACUCAGAUCGUAGGCUUAUGGAGGGGAGAGGUGUUGAAGAAGAAAAAGAAGAAGAAGAAGAAGAUGAAGAUGAAGAUGAAGAUGAAGCUAUUGCAGGUCCCAAUGCUGUAGUAGCUGGUGGUAUGAAGCCUAACGCCAUAGUUGCCCAAGAUGGUAGUGGGCAGUAUAAAACUAUUGCAGAAGCUGUGAAAGCACAUCCUGGUAAAGUACAAGGUAGAUUUGUAAUCUAUGUUAAGGCAGGUAUAUAUAAAGAGGAUGUAUUGGUAGGAAAGGAACAGAACAAUAUAUACAUGUAUGGAGAUGGCCCUACAAAGACAGUGAUAACAGGUGAUAAGAGUUUCACAAAGGGUGUAGCAACUUCACAAAGUGCUCCAUUUCAAGUUGAUGGACUUGGGUUCUUUGGUAAGGAUAUAGGCUUUGAAAACACGGCUGGUGCAGUAGGACAUCAGGCUGUUGCCUUAAGGGUAGGUGGUUUACAAUCUGUAUUCCAGAACUGUUUUAUUGAUGCAUAUCAAGACACCCUAUAUGUCCAAGCUGGAUCCCAGUUCUUCCGUGAUUGCCAAAUAUCUGGAACAGUUGAUUUCAUAUUUGGUAAUGGAGCUACAUUGAUCCAAAACUCAAAGAUCAUAGCAAGAAAAGGUAAUCCUGGACAACAAAAUCUAGUGACAGCUCAAGGUGGAAUAGCAGCUAAUGAAGCUACAGGGAUAGUGAUACAAGGGUGUGAUAUCUCACCAAGUCCAGAACUAUUCCCAGAUAGGUUAAAGGUGAUGACUUUCUUAGGUCGUCCAUGGAGACCUUAUGCAAAAACAGUAUUCAUGGAGACAACCAUGGGUGAUCUAAUUCAACCAGAAGGUUAUCAUGUUUGGCAAUCACCAGAUGGAAAGGAUAACCACUUGACUGCUUUCUAUGGCGAGUAUGCAAAUCGUGGACCUGGUUCUAACACUGCUAUGAGGGCUAAAUGGCCUAAUGUUAAGGUCUUAGACAGGCCCGCUGCUCAACGUUACUCAGCUGCUGUCUUUUUAGCAGGUGCUCCUUGGGUCAAGGCUCUUGGUGUUCCAAUUAAUCUUAAUCUUAAUCUUGCUUAGAUUUAUUUAUUUAUUUAUACUUCAUCAUUUCUAUUAGACUAGAAGAGUAUCUUUUUUCCAUUAUCAAAUUCAAAUUAAUGCUCCCAUCUAUAGUGGAGUAGAUAGGUGAGUAGGAACAUACAUUUUUUUAUUUUUGGAUUUCAUAAAUUUCGAUAUUUUAUCCACAUUUUUUUUAUGUUGUUUGUAGUAUUAUCUUUACUGUUAUUGUAAUAGGAUUUUAAUCCACUAAAAUUCUUAAAUGGUUAUAUUUUUAAUUUGUUGU